CUGAUAAGGUUCUAUUAUGGUUUGCCUUGAAUGAAUUUUAACAGUCUUUAACGUCGUAUAUUUCCGUAUCUAGGUAAAUUUAUAGCCUCUUUAACCUCCUGAGGUCUGAAGUCCUAAUACUAGAACAAAAUCACAUUGUUGUAAACGCCCAAUUUUUAAAAUAGCAAUUUGGAGUCAACACCCACUGUACUAAUACUAGAACAAAAUAUUUUCCGUCAUCUGCCGCGUUUGAAUUACGUGCCACGUUGUGUAUUCAAUGUCGUUUAGUUUGUAAAUAUAUUUGGUAUUGUGGCAGUGCACUGCUUUCAAUGGACAGGGAAUUUUUUUUCGUUCUUCUGUCAUUCUAAGUCGAAGCGAUGGCACGUACAACGAUAAAAGAUAGUCAAAUAUUAGAGAUACUACAUCAAUCAGAUUUCGAAGACGACGAGGGAGAUCCUUUUACAGGAGAGGAUACUGGCAAUGAGUUCGUUCCAGAUAAGAAUGAUGCAAGUGAAACCAGUACUAGCUCAGAAUCAGAGUCUAAGAGUCCACCACCAAUUCUGAAAAGUAGUCGAGGACGAGAUCGAUCGCGCAUGCGAGCCCGUAGUCAUGCACAUUACAGCAGAAGAUGUGAGCGCACUCCGCAAUUUACUAGUGCUCGCGGUAGCAGCAGUUCAGAUAAUCAGUUUACAUGGGCUGUAAAGAAUUUCACAAAAAACCUUCCUAUGCUUUCUGAGCCAUCGUACUCGAUACAAGACAGAACAAAUUUUUCAAAAUUAGACUAUUUUACUCAAUACUUUGAUGAUGAGCUAAUAGAUAUGAUCGUAGAUAAAACGAAUCAAACAGCCGUUUAUAAAACAGGAAAGAGUCUGCUAAUAACAAAUGGCGAGUUAAAAGUUUUCAUAGGCUUGUUCUUGAUUAUGGCAUGUAUUGAAUAACCAGUAAUAAGGAUGUACUUAUUGGGAAUUGAAUUAUUUGUUAUAUCAGGUGUUUAAAUUUCCAUUUUCUAUGGGACUUCAGGUUAUAUGUAGCAUCCCAAUGUGAUAAAUAUAGAACAAAAUAUUUUGGAAUCUUUUUUUUCUGUCGGGCAAGCCUAAAUCAAUAUUAAAGUAUUCCUAAAAUAUUACACCUUUAUCUGUUGUGGUUACCAAGAUAUGAACAAUUUUUGGUCUGGGCGUUUAGGACUUAAUUAAUUUGUUCUAAUAUUAGGACACUGGGUCUUCCUUGGAUGUACCCACUUUGAAACCGGGCCGCAGGAGG